AGAGAGCAGGCGGGUGGCCACCACCCGGCCAGGUCCGGCCCCACCGGCGGGCGGGGCGCGAGGAGAGGAGGAGUCUAGGGCCGAGCCACUGCUGGCGACCUGCAGCUGCCACGGCUCCUCCAAGCGGCGGGCCGCCGAGCUACCGCAAUGUCCGGGGACAUGGACAAGCCGCUGAUCAGUCGCCGCCUGGUGGACAGUGAUGGCAGUCUGGCUGAGGUCCCCAGCAAGGCCCCCAAAGUGGGCAUACUGGGCAGUGGGGAUUUUGCCCGUUCCCUAGCCACACGCCUAGUGAGCUCUGGCUUCAGCGUGGUAGUGGGGAGUCGUAACCCCAAACGCACAGCUGGGCUCUUCCCCUCCGCAGCCCACGUGACUUUUCAGGAGGAGGCCGUGAGCUCUCCACAGGUCGUUUUUGUAGCUGUGUUCCGGGAGCAUUAUUCUUCGCUGUGCAGUCUGGGCGACCAGUUGGCUGGCAAGAUCCUAGUGGAUGUAAGCAACCCCACGGAGAAGGAGCAUCUUCAGAACCACCAGUCGAACGCCGAGUACCUGGCCUCACUCUUCCCUGCUUGCACUGUGGUCAAGGCCUUCAAUGUCAUCUCUGCUUGGGCCCUGCAGGCUGGCCCAAGGGAUGGGAACAGGCAGGUGCUCAUCUGCAGUGACCAGCUGGAAGCCAAGCACACCAUCUCAGAGAUGGCACGCGCCAUGGGUUUCACACCCCUGGACAUGGGAUCGCUUGCCUCAGCCCGAGAGAUAGAGGCCAUACCCCUGCGCCUCUUUCCUUCCUGGAAGGUGCCCAUCCUUCUGGCACUGGGGCUCUUUGUGUGCUUCUAUGCCUACAACUUCAUCCGGGAUGUCCUGCAGCCAUACGUGCGGAAGCAUGAGAACAAAUUCUACAAGGUGCCCUUGUCUGUGGUCAACACCACACUGCCCUGUGUGGCUUAUGUGCUGCUCUCCCUGGUGUACCUGCCUGGUGUGCUGGCAGCCGCCCUUCAGCUGAGGAGGGGGACCAAGUACCAGCGUUUCCCGGACUGGCUGGACCUCUGGCUGCAGCAUCGCAAGCAGAUCGGGCUGCUCAGCUUCUUCUUCGGAAUGCUGCACGCGCUCUACAGCUUCUGCCUGCCGCUGCGCCGCUCCCACCGCUACGACCUGGUCAACCUGGCCGUGAAGCAGGUCCUGGCCAACAAGAGCCGCCUCUGGGUUGAGGAAGAAGUCUGGCGCAUGGAGAUAUACCUCUCCAUGGGCGUGCUGGCCCUGGGUAUGCUUUCGCUGCUGGCUGUCACCUCACUUCCCUCCAUUGCCAACUCACUCAACUGGAAGGAGUUCAGCUUCGUACAGUCCACGCUGGGCUUCGUGGCCCUGAUGCUGAGCACGCUGCACACACUCACCUAUGGCUGGACCCGUGCCUUUGAAGAAAACCACUACAAGUUCUACCUGCCGCCUACGUUCACACUCACACUGCUCCUGCCCUGUGUGAUCAUCCUGGCCAAGGGCCUCUUCCUCCUUCCCUGCCUCAGCCGCAGACUCACCAAGAUCCGCAGAGGCUGGGAGAAAGAUGGCGCUGUCAAGUUCAUGCUGCCUGCCGACCACACGCGGGGGGAGAAAACAAGCCACGUGUGAGGCCCUGGAAAUGGAGACAGGCACAGCUUGUGGGGGCCCUGAGCUGAGUUUUUCUGGAUGCUGCAGAUGGAGUGAUGAUAUGUGCACAGGUGAUUGAGAUCUGAAUUCCUGGGAUGCAGGUUACGCCAUGGUAUUCAGAGUGACACACCACGCGUGUGAUAUGUAUUCACAUAUAAUACAUAUAUAAUAGGAUUUGCUAUUAUUCUUACCUAACUAAGAAGCUGGGUCCCUAUAUUUCAACUUAUGUAUUUCAAAGCAAGUGCCACACAUUGAGUAGCAGAUCCCACCCUUGUGCCAUUGGCAGAGGCAGAUGCACACUUGGUAUAGGAGAGAUUUGUAUUUUGUUGGGUUCUGGCCUUUAGUCCUUGUUCUCUGCAUCCCCUGUUAGCUACAGCCUAAAGUUGGUGCAGAGCUGGGCCUAGAGCUGCCCAUGAUGCAGCCUGCCCCACCCCCCAGGGCUAAGAAGGAGGACAGAGGGACUAGGUGCGGAACCUCCUGCUGUCCUGAGCAUGUGGGGGUGGGGCUCACCAAGACCCUAGAAUCCUUGCAGGAGCUUUUGCAGGCCUGUCCUUUCUCCAGGGAAGGAUCUGAAGCUGCUGCAUCUGAUCCUAGCUGAGCUGAGGAGACUGUCCCUCCUCCCUGAAGGUCCAGAGUCACCGUGGAACCUGCAAAUUGCUCCUUCUCUGAAGGUGUGAAGUCGCCUCCUCACCGGAGCCAUUAAUGACCGUGCUCCAGAAGUCUAAUUGUUCUCCCUGCAUUAAGCUGGUGGUGACCUUCCUUUAAACCACUGUGCCUUCUCGCCUUUCCCAUCAUUAACUUGGACAUCUCCCUGGAAGGCGUGGAGCAGACACCUGUCAGAGCAGCCCAGGGUGGGGGGUGGGAUAGGGGGCAUCAGAGCCUGCAGAAAAAAACCCUUGGAUACUCCCCGGGGUUAGGGGGGACUAUCUUCAUAAAAUUGGUCCCCAAGGAGAGUAACAGGCACCCCUGCUGCCUUUGGGCGGACAGCCUACCUUCUGAGCACCCAGAAACCACAUUGGCUACAUGCUCCUCCUAUGGGGGUUCCACAGCCCCCAUUGUCCAUGCUUUUGCCUUUCAGAUACAUUCAACCACAAAAGUCUGCAGAUAUUGUUUUUUGAAUUCUUAAAGAGAUCAUACUCUCAUUUUAUUAUA